UCCGCCAAUUUUAUUAUCCAAAUUCGGAACAAAUAUUGGAAUCAGAGGUUUUGGUGGAUUGAUAAAAAAGCAGAGUAAGGUAAACUAGUUAGUGUUAGUUUCGUUUAACCUCCACUAAACCCAGAACUAGGAAAAGGAGGUUUUUCAUGUUGCUGAAUCUCACACAGACAUAUACACAAACACUUGGAGAGCGCCGGUACCCUGAGAGAAGAAGAACUCAUUGAUCCAUGACCACUAUGCUACCAAUCAAACAUGUGACCAAACACCGUCUCAGAUCCAAAUCGUUCGUAUUCUCCAUUGUCAAUCCUUGCUCUUCUUCCCAUGCUGCAUGCGCUUCGCUCGCAGCAUCACUUUCUCCAUCAACGCCCUCAACUUCAAAUUCAUUUCAGUUCACGAGAAAAGACGUGGUGUCCUCCUUCAAGACGUGGUUCGCAACGCGGAAGGUCCAGCUAGACCCCCUCGUCAACCGCAUCUACCAACUCCUCACCGCCUCCGCCGACAACGAAGACUUAUCCGCCGCACUGUCCGCGCUCUCCCUCCCGCUCUCCGAGUGCCUCGUCCUCCGCGUCCUCCGUUACACCGCCACUCACCGCGACAUCUUCUCCUGCCUCAAGUUCUUCGACUGGGCCGGCCGCCAACCGAACUUCCACCACACGCGCGCCACCUUCGUUGCCAUCUUCAACAUCCUCGUGCGCGCCGACCACAAACCCAUUGUCCUCGAAUUCCUCGAUGGCUUCCGCCGCGGCGUCUUCCUCCACAACGUCCGUUUCCACGACAUCCUUGUCGUGGGCUAUGCUAUCGCCAGGAAGCCUCAAAACGCGCUCCAUGCGUACGCCCAAAUGCGCUUCAUCGGCUUGGACCUCGACUCCUUCUCUUAUCACGUCCUUUUAGACUCCCUCGUUGAGAAAAACUACCUCAACGCUUUUGACAUCAUUCUGAGGCAAAUUCGUGCCAGGGGUUUCGAGAAUCACGCUACCAAUAUCAUUGUUGUUAAGCAUUUGUGCAAAGAGAGAAGGUUGGAGGAGACUGAGGGUUUUCUCAACGAUUUGGUGCGUCGUGGGGAGGGGUUAAAAGGGCCUGAAGUGAGUUUUUUGGUUGGCGCUCUGUGUGAGUGUUUUAGGUUUGAGCGUGCGGUUGAGUUGGUUAAGCGAUUCGGGAGCUCGGGGUUGGUUCCAUUGGAUCAUGCUUAUGGGGCUUGGGUAAAGGGUCUUGUUCGAGGUGGUAGGGUGAAUGAAGCAUUGGAGUUUUUCUCUCAGAAGAAGGAUUCUGAAGGGUAUUGUAUGUCCUCUUCUAGGUAUAAUGUUUUGAUUUAUAGGCUUUUGCGGGAGAAUCGGCUUCAACAGGUGUAUGAUUUGUUGGUGGAUAUGAAUGAAAGUUGCAUUCCCCCUGACGUGGCUACCAUGAAUGCUGUUCUGUGCUUUUUUUGCAAAGUGGGGAUGGCUGAUGUUGCGUGGGAGUUGUACAGUUCUCGGUCUGAGUUUGGUCUGUCUCUCAAUCACUUGGCAUGCAAGUAUUUGAUACUUACUUUGUGUUGGGAUGGAGGUGUUGUGGAGGCGUACAACGUUGUCAAAAGCUUGGUUGGCAAGAGUUAUUUUCCUGAUGAGCAGACAUUUCGCACGCUUGCGAGUGCAUUGUGUAGGGAGUGCAAGAUUGAUGAGAUGAUAGAGUUGAUGCAUCUUUCUGUCGGGCGGGAUAUUGUGCCUCCUGCUUCAAUGUAUGACCAGUUCAUAUAUGCUCUGUGCCAGGCUGGGAGAGUGCAAGAUGGUUAUUUGGUACAUGGGGAACUUAAGACUGUUGCUGCCAGGGCUUCGUAUGUUAAGAUGAUUAACGGUUUUGUUAAGUCGGGCAGGGGAGAUAUUGCUGCUCAGCUUCUUUUUGAAAUGAAAUUGAAGGGUCAUAAGCUGAACUUUCCAUUGUGUACAAGUGUAAUUUGCUGCUUACUUAAAAUGGAUAAUUCAAGAGGGCGUUUUUUCAAUUUACUGGAGAUGCUCACUCGUUGUGAAUUUCCUUGUCGCGUUUAUAACUUUUUCAUGGAAGGAGCUGCGCGUGCCCGGAAGCCUGACUUGUGUAGGGAAGUAUUUGAAUUGAUGCAAAUAAAUGGUGUUGAGCCCAACUUGAACUCUCGUGUUCUUGUGUUGCGAGGUUAUUUGCGCAGUGGGAGAAUUUCUGAUGCUCUGAGUUUUUUUAACGUUGUCCGGGGCCAGGGUUUGGAAUGCAAGAGGUUGUAUACUACCUUGGUUAAUGGUCUUUGUAAGUGCAAUAGGAUAGACAUGUCACUUGGGUUCUUUUUGAGCAUGUUCAGAGUUGGAUUGAAUCCAAGUCUUGAAUGCUAUGAGCUUCUUGUGCAGGAGCUUUGCUCAUUGCGAAGAUAUCAGGAAGCAAUACGUAUUGUUAACGCAUAUGAGAAAAUGGGACGCCCAAUUAGUUCUUUUAUGGGCAAUCAACUGCUUCAACAUUCUUUGAUUUCACCAAAACUCUACGAUACAUGCGUUUAUUUAAGAGGAGUGGGAGAGGGGGAAUUUUCUGCUAAUUCAACACUUAACUUGGUGAUUGGUGCCUUUUCCGGUUGUCUCAGAGUGACCCAUUAUAUUUCGGACUUGGAACGAUUAAUAGAGAAGUGCUUUCCGCCUGAUAUUUUCACCUACAAUCUGUUGCUGAAAGAAUUAUCCAAGAGUGAUAUGGACAAAGCUCGUUUGUUGUUUGGUCGGAUAUGUCAAAAGGGUUAUGAACCUGAUGGUUGGACAUAUCAUAUCAUGCUUGUUGAAGAUACUGAAGUAUUUAUGGAUGGAACUCUUGGUGGAAGUGCUAGUGGAGGAAAAUUGAACACUUAUAAGGAGUUGUGUAACUUAGCAAAUGAGAUGGGACAACUGGACUUGAUAUAUAAGUUCAUGGAUUUAGCAAAUUAUCAAGCUUCUCUGAAUUCAAAGAGGGGUGCUGCUUUUGGCUUUUCUAAAAUAGCAAAACAAGCAGGGGAUGCUCUUAAGCCAUACUUACGUUCUUUACUUCCAAGGCUUGUACGCUACCAAUAUGAUCCGGACAAAAAUGUGCAGGAUGCAAUGGUACAUAUAUGGAAGUCACUCACUUGUGAUGACUAAAAAAAAACCAUUGAUGACAGUUUAGACAUCAUAAUUGCAGAUUUACUAGAACAAUGUGGAUCCAGGCUUUGGCUCUCGCGUGAGGCACAUGUCUUGCCCUUACAGACAUUAUUCAAGGACGGCAAUUUAAAGAGGUGAACCCAUUACUCAACACGAGUAAGUCCAGCGGAAGGAUGAGUGAAGAUGCAGCAGAAAAGAGAAGGAAAAACAGAUGAGCUAGGUGGAAGUGGAACUGGCGAAUGGCGUGGGAAACGGAUAACCUAACUAGGGAAGGGGACUAGAGGAGACUCGGGACUCUCUCUGGCCAGUGACUGUCAAGAAAAAAAGGGCUGGAGUGAUCUCAACAGAAUCUUUUAUUAAUCUCAAAAGUAUUUUACAGGUGUGGGAAGCAUUGCUUAUAUAGGGAUGGAAAUCCCUCCCUAUGUUGCAGCCAUGUGCCUAACAACUUCCACUACUCAUGGAUCAAGUGCCACGUGGAAGUUUACGUUUUUUUUUUACAAAUUAAGCAUGUGGAAAAAAGAAAGAAAAGCAGCAGCUUCUGGAUGCUGUACGGUGUGUCGCUGGGCGUCUAGCAUAGGUAGCUGAGUGGUGUGUUGCUGAGCGACCAAGAAAGAAUCGCUGAGCGGGCUUUGGCUGGUUGGUCUUUCCAAGUGAGGAUGUGAUGUAAAUUUCCACUCUCUCUUGACAUAUCCUCCUCCCAUCCUUCAAGCCAUACUCCUAGUGAUAGGUCCAUUGGUUGGACCCAAGUCAUCCUAAGUGUUUCAUUGAAUUUUGAGUAGCCUCAUUAAAUACAACUUUCACCUAAAUAAAUUUUGAAUCUACGACAUUAUUAAUUAAAACUAAUCAAUUUAACUACUUUUAUUAGUCUUCUUGAAUUGUAUAUUUGUCUUAUAUAUAGAACUUGAGGUAAUAGUUUUUUUUUUUAUGAAUUGGAUAUCCAUCCAUUUUGAUCCAUUAAAAAAUUAUUUAAAAAUCUAAUUCAUCCAUGUUUCAUUUGAUAAAUAUAUCUAAUCCAUUCAUUUUGCCAUCCCUAUCUACAAUUUGAGCACUGGUUGAUUUUUAUUAUCUAAAGCAUAUCAACAUGUCAUUCUUUUCUAUUUGUGCUUUUCUUUCAUCAUGCACCACCCAUAGGUUGGGAAGCAUUUAAAGAGGUUAUGGUCUGGAGCAUUUUGUGCAAUGGAUGAGAUAGAGGAAACUGUUAGAAUUUCUGGUAAAAAGCUAUACCGUGGUGUAGCUUCCUUGACAAUAAGGCUCUGUGAUGUUUCUCUAACUGAAAUGUCAGAUGCACACAAAGCAAUGGACAUUGUUUUACCCUUUUUGUUCGCAGAAAGUUUACUAAGUAAAGUUUACAGUGUCCGCAGAGCAUCGGUUGGAGUUUUUAUGAAGCUUACGAAGCUUCAUGCAGCAAAUGUAGGGAUACAGACAGACAAGCUUGAAAGUUUGAGAAUUUCCAUAGCCAAAGGCUCUCCUAUGUGGGAGAUUUUAGAUUCAUGCAUGAAAGUUGUUGAUCCAGAAUCAUUGAACACAUUGAGCCCACGGCUUGCUCAUUUAGUGCGAUCUGGUGUGGGCCUCAGUACUAGCUCUGUUCUUAAGUUAUUAUCACAUAUUUCUUUUGCUUUGGUCUAUUGAACAUUCAAAACCUUUAUAUAUUUUAAUUGUGUUGUUGUUGUUUAA